CAACGUCUUAUGUCUUAACUAUGCUGCUCUGUCCCUCUAUCGCCGAGUCUCCUUUUCUCCCCAUCAUGGACUGACACUUCUCUUCCCUGACUGCUUGCGCUCGCGUUUUGGCCUUCUGGAAGGCCGUCCAUUCCUUUUCAUUCAACUCAUGAUCAAUAGGGCUUGGUAUUCCCUUUAACGUUCUCUACAUCUCUUUUCCCACCAUCGUCCUUCUCUUAGCAACUCACCGGAAGUUCCCGUUCGCUUUCGUUUCAAGUACCGUAUCGGAUAUUAUCUCCACCACGCCGUCAGGAAUGGCCAGAGGAACGUUUCUUGGGAGAUCACGUACGAUCCGGCAAGCGGAGGCCAUCUCGUCCACUACUUCGAAGCACUCCGAUGCGCGACAACGGAAAGAUCUCAAAUGUAUUGAGGAUGGCGCAAAUCACACUCGCCAAGCGCCUCAUGCGCCUCGGGAUUUUCAGCGCCCCGGAACGUCAGAGGGACGCCAACAAAGGAAGUUACAAGCUCUAAGUCCUGUCCAUACCCAGGCUCCUCCGCUUCCAUCUUCGCCCAUAUCGUCCCCUACCGGCACGGAUAACGGUGCAAACGGAAGUCUGAUUGGCGUCGCUUUGGGCAGCCCGCGGAUGAUCGAACCGCAUGUGCCCAUGUCGCAACCGCAGGAAAUAUGCCCUGUCAAACUAGCAGAACCCCAAACACGACCCGCUUUGCAGCGCAAGCCCAGUAAAUGGAAGAAAAUCGGUGGCCUUUUCAAAGCUAAAGCUGCCAUGGCAGCUGCGCCAAACCAACCUUUCUACCAGGUCCGGCUCGAGGACGAGUGGCCAAUGCAAGACUCCACCUAUUCUUUCGACCAGGAGCCAAAGGUUCAGCCUGAGAAACCUGCUAGUCCUAUUUCUGGUACGGAAGCCUGGCCAUCUUUGGAACCAGAAGUUCAGCCUCAGGCGCAUGAACAAGGACAGUCCAAGGAAGACACAAAUGUUGCGCCAAAGUCUGAUGAACAGCCUCUUGCAACAAUGCCAUUGCUGCAAGUCGAGAUCCCCGAUAUCCAGCUGGAGCGAUACAGCGUCAUGUUCGGAGGCGUUCUUAGUAAGAACAGGCCGCCUUCGUUUAGACGAAGCCAAACUAUGCAGGACGCCAGCGCGCCGGCUCCAGAGGACAUCCCCCCCACGCCGGAAUUAGGACCGCCUCGACGGAGAGCCACUUCCCCGACUCGGUCGAAAUCGCCCAGCUUCACUCUGUUUCCAUCAACACAGGUCAGCAAGGCUUCAAAGGUGCUCGGUAGCCAGAACAUUCCCCGCGGCCCCAGUCCAAUGCACAGAAGUCAAACGUCAUUGGCAGAAUCACAAGAGAAUGUAUCAAAGGAGAAGAGCAGUUUGGUCCUCAUGGUGCAUCAACCGUCGCACAAACCGCAGAAUUCAAUGUCUUCAUUCCUUUCCUCUACAACCAUUGGCUCGGAGGAUGAACAGCUCCUGUUGCAGAGGCUGGGCCCAGUCCGCUCCUAUAUCGACGCAAGGGAACCAGAAUGGGAAAUCAUCAACAAAAAGCCUGCAGCAAAGGAUCCCGCACAAGACGCGCCUCCGGCGCUCAGAAUCGAUACGCAAAUGACGUCUCCCGAAACGGCUAGCUGUGAAUCGACAUUGUCCCCAGCGACAAAUACACCUGUCAAUGCUCCCCAACAAAAGAACGAGGUCCUCUCCCCCGGAAGCAGGAGAGCUUCCCCAACUUCACCCAGACGCAUGUCCCCCAAAACCGAGGACAAAGACAUGAAUCCCACCGAGCCGACAAACGGCGGGCCCGCCGUCGAAAUCUCCAUCGCACGGUCCGUUUCCGUCUCAAGAGGUAAAAGACAGGUUCUUGUACCCAUCAGACCGCGUCAGGACCGUCCGGAACCCAGCGGCGACAACAUGAAAUCCCCGAGGACCAUGGCGGGUAAUCGCAACCGUAUCCCUCCACGAUCCAAGGAGGCGCUCAUGAACAUAAUCUAGCGCUCUAUUUAUUUACUUUUCCACUUUCGAUAUUCGAUAUGAUCAUGAUCAUAUGAUUUUUCUUCUUCCUUCAAUUACGCUCCUUUUUCUUUACCCACUUGCUUUUCUCUAUAGCGCAGGUAGCGUUUUCCACUUCAGGCAGG